AUGUUGACCUUCAAAGCGUUACAGAGGAACAAAACCCUUAAAUAUGGCGUUCCCAUGUUGGUGAGUCAUAGGUUUGAUACCGUCUUUUCAGUUUCGUGACAGACUUUUGCUUUCUAGAGAGAGGGUAGCUAGCUUAGCUAUCAGUGGCUAUUAGCUUAUCAGCUAACGUUAGCUAAAGUUGGCUACAUCCACUAGAUAGCAGCUUGAUCAUUAACAUCAACACGUAGGCUACAAACAUGAACAGCGAAUUUUCAACUAGCCCUCUGAGACUGACAAAAUAAAAGCCACUCUCCAAACAAUUAAAGUACAAGUGAACUGAGACAUCUUCAACAGAGAGUUAACUAGAAGCACUAAUAAGUCAUCCAUCCUCUGUAUCCGUCCUCUGUUUGAACACCUAAAUGCACAUUCAUCCUUGACGGCAUACUUGUUAGUUUCAAUAGUUAGUGCAGUCAGAGAUCGUAUGACUGUCCAGUCUGUGCUUGUAUAUUGAUGACAAUGCCUCGUUAUGAAACCAAUUUAUGACGUCUGGAUUCUGUUUCUAAGUUGCUGGUAGUGGGAGGUUCCUUUGGGCUCCGGGAGUUCACACAGAUCCGCUACGACGCUCAGAAGAUCAGGAAGAAGGUACAGCAGCUGAUCCAGCAUAAUGAAAUCAACACCGUGUGCUCUGAAAUGUAUGAAAGACUGCCUUAGGCACCGAGCGCAGACAGAUAGGACCAACAGGACAGACAGACGGGCAGUGAGAGACAUCCUGAGGCGCUGAGGGUUAUACCUCCUUUCCAGUCCUAAGAGGUUAUUUGAUUCCUCAGCAAAUAUCUUUAUUUUCUUGCGGUAUUUAUAAUAUCAUUUUUUACUACACACUGCAGUAUAUCAUUUUACUCUUUCAAAUGUAUGUAUGUAUGCAUGCGCGCGUGCGUGUGUGUGAACAUUUGACUGAUGAUUUGACGGCACAGUGGCACUGACGCUGAGUGUGUGGAUGUAGCGCCACCCUGUGGACAGAUGGAGUACUGCUCAUGAGUCAGUCACGACGCAGGUACACUAGAACCUUUACGUGUCAAAAUAGCACGAUGUAUUCAGUGCUGCCCUCUAGGACUGAAAUCUGUACAUUAUGUGACAGAAUCAUCAUACCUCUACGCAGCUGUAUAUUCUAUAUACCACCUACCACUAACUAGUAUCUUUGAUGACAAAAAAAAUACAGUGCUCUUAUAUGAAUAGCUAUGACCUAGAUACAAUGACAUCACUGUCUAGUUUUGAACCCUGAUCUGAGGGGGUGGGGGGAGGGGGGGGGUGAGAGUGAGAGAGAGACCGUGUGAGAGUGAAAUCCCAAAUGACCCCCUAUUCUCAGGAUCUCAAAUGACCCCUUAUUCCCUGGAUCUCAAAUGACUAUAUAGUGCGGUACUUUUGACCAGGGCUCAUAGGGAAUAGGGUGCCAUUUGGGAUGCAUCCUAGGGCUGGAGCUAGGGAGGACAUCAAGCCUGUCUGUUCCAUGCAGUUGACUCCUCUCCUCUUGUCUUGUGUUAGGGGGGCCUGGGGCUGAUGUACUAGGGCUGGGCCUCUCCUCUUGUCUUGUGUUAGGGGGGCCUGGGGCUGAUGUACUAGGGCUGGGCCUCUCCUCUUGUCUUGUGUUAGGGGGGCCUGGGGCUGAUGUACUAGGGCUGGGCCUCUCCUCUUGUCUUGUGUUAGGGGGGCCUGGGGCUGAUGUACUAGGGCUGGGCCUCUCCUCUUGUCUUGUGUUAGGGGGGCCUGGGGCUGAUGUACUAGGGCUGGGCCAUGAGGGAAAAAAUACAGAUUGUGAUAAAUUAAUGUGAUGAUUAGUAGAACAAUAUAUUUAUAACAUUAAUGUGCACUACAGUUUAUAACAUUAAUGUACACCACAGUUUAUAACAUUAACGUGCACCACAGUUUAUAACAUUAAUGUACACCACAGUUUAUAACAUUAAUGUGCACCACAGUUUAUAACAUUAACGUGCACCACAGUUUAUAACAUUAAUGUGCACCACAGUUUAUAACAUUAACGUGCACCACAGUUUAUAACAUUAACGUGCACCACAGUUUAUAACAUUAACGUGCACCACAGUUUAUAACAUUAACGUGUACCACAGUUUAUAACAAUAACGUACACCACAGUUUAUAACAUUAAUGUGCACCACAGUUUAUAACAUGAAUGUGCACCACAGUUUAUAACAUUAACGUGCACCACAGUUUAUAACAUUAAUGUGCACCACAGUUUAUAACAUUAACGUGCACCACAGUUUAUAACAUUAACGUGUACCACAGUUUAUAACAUUAACGUGCACCACAGUUUAUAACAUUAACGUGUACCACAGUUUAUAACAUUAACGUGCACCACAGUUUAUAACAUUAACGUGCACCACAGUUUAUAACAUUAACGUGUACCACAGUUUAUAACAUUAACGUGCACCACAGUUUAUAACAUUAACGUGUACCACAGUUUAUAACAUUAACGUGCACCACAGUUUAUAACAUUAACGUGUACCACAGUUUAUAACAUUAACGUGCACCACAGUUUAUAACAUUAACGUGCACCACAGUUUAUAACAUUAAUGUGCACUACAGUUUAUAACAUUAAUGUACACCACAGUUUAUAACAUUAACGUGCACCACAGUUUAUAACAUUAAUGUACACCACAGUUUAUAACAUUAAUGUGCACCACAGUUUAUAACAUUAACGUGCACCACAGUUUAUAACAUUAAUGUGCACCACAGUUUAUAACAUUAACGUGCACCACAGUUUAUAACAUUAACGUGUACCACAGUUUAUAACAAUAACGUACACCACAGUUUAUAACAUUAAUGUGCACCACAGUUUAUAACAUGAAUGUGCACCACAGUUUAUAACAUUAACGUGACACCACAGUUUAUAAACAUCAAUGUGCACCACAGUUUUAUAAACAUUAACGUGCACCACAGUUUAUAACAUUAACGUGUACCACAGUUUUAUAACAUUAACGUGCACCACGUUUUAUAACAUUAACGUGUACCACAGUUUAUAACAUUACUGUACACCACAGUUUAUACAUAAUGUACACCACAGUUUAUAACAUUAAUGUGCACCACAGUUUUAUAAACAUUACGUGCACCACAGUUUAUAAACAUUAACGUGCACCACAGUUUUAUAAUAUUAACGUGCACCACAGUUUAUAACAUUAAUGUGCACCACAUUUUAUAACAUUAAUGUACACCACAGUUUAUAACAUUAACUGUGCACCCAGUUUAUAACAUUAAUGUGCACCACAGUUUAUAACAUUAACGUGUACCACAGUUUAUAACAUUAACGUGCACCACAGUUUAUAACAUUAACGUGUACCACAGUUUAUAACAUUAAUGUACACCACAGUUUAACAUUAAUGUACACCACAGUUUAUAACAUUAACGUGCACCACAGUUUAUAACAUUAAUGUAAACCACAGUUUAUAACAUGAAUGUGCACCACAGUUUAUAACAUUAACGUGCACCACAGUUUAUAACAUUAAUGUACACCACAGUUUAUAACAUGAAUGUGCACCACAGUUUAUAACAUUAACGUGCACCACAGUUUAUAACAUUAACGUGCACCACAGUUUAUAACAUUAAUGUACACCACAGUUUUAUAACAUGAGUGCAACCACAGUUUAUAACAUUAACGUGCACCACAGUUUAUAACAUUAACGUACACCACAGUUUAUAACAUUAACGUGUACCACAGUUUAUAAUAUUAACGUGUACCACAGUUUAUAACAUUAACGUACACCACAGUUUAACAUUAAUGUGCACCACAGUUUAUAACAUUAACGUGCACCACAGUUUAUAACAUUAACGUGCACCACAGUUUAUAACAUUAAUGUGCACCACAGUUUAUAACAAUAACGUACACCACAGUUUAUAACAAUAACGUACACCACAGUUUAUAACAUUAAUGUGCACCACAGUUUAUAACAUUAACGUGCACCACAGUUUAUAACAUUAACGUGCACCACAGUUUAUAACAUUAACGUACACCACAGUUUAUAACAUUAACGUGCACCACAGUUUGUAACAUUAACGUGCACCACAGUUUAUAACAUUAAUGUGCACCACAGUUUAUAACAUUAACGUGCACCACAGUUUAUAACAUUAACGUACACCACAGUUUAUAACAUUAACGUGCACCACAGUUUAUAACAUUAACAUACACCACAGUUUAUAACAUUAACGUGCACCACAGUUUAUAACAUUAAUGUGCACCACAGUUUAUAACAUUAACGUGCACCACAGUUUAUAACAAUAACGUACACCACAGUUUAUAACAUUAAUGUGCACCACAGUUUAUAACAUUAACGUACACCACAGUUUAUAACAUUAAUGUGCACCACAGUUUAUAACAUUAAUGUACACCACAGUUUAUAACAUUAAUGUACACCACAGUUUAUAACAUUAACGUGUACCACAGUUUAUAACAUUAAUGUGCACCACAGUUUAUAACAUUAACGUGCACCACAGUUUAUAACAUUAACGUGCACCACAGUUUAUAACAUUAACGUACACCACAGUUUAUAACAUUAACGUGCACCACAGUUUAUAACAUUAACGUACACCACAGUUUAUAACAUUAACGUGCACCACAGUUUAUAACAUUAACGUGCACCACAGUUUAUAACAUUAACGUGCACCACAGUUUAUAACAUUAACGUGCACCACAGUUUAUAACAUUAAUGUACACCACAGUUUAUAACAUUAACGUACACCACAGUUUAUAACAUUAACGUACACCACAGUUUAUAACAUUAACGUGCACCACAGUUUAUAACAUUAAUGUACACCACAGUUUAUAACAUUAACAUGCACCACAGUUUAUAACAUUAAUGUGCACCACAGUUUAUAACAUUAACGUGCACCACAGUUUAUAACAUUAACGUGCACCACAGUUUAUAACAUUAAUGUACACCACAGUUUAUAACAUUAACGUGCACCACAGUUUAUAACAUUAACGUGCACCACAGUUUAUAACAUUAACGUGCACCACAGUUUAUAACAUUAACGUGCACCACAGUUUAUAACAUUAACGUACACCACAGUUUAUAACAUUAAUGUACACCACAGUUUAUAACAUUAAUGUACACCACCAUUUAUAACAUUAAUGUGCACCACAGUUUAUAACAUUAAUGUACACCACAGGUUUUUAUUUAUUUUUUAUGACCCUUUCAACUACCACUUCUAGUUUGAUGGUUUUAGCCAUCAACUGUCCCAUUUAACAAUCACCUAUAUUGGCAAAUGAACGAAAUCAGCAAAAUGGUCGGUGGCGGAUCAUUUUUCGGUUUUAUUGUCCCUGUUCUAUGAUACACCCUCAGCAGUGACAGUCUCCCCCUUAACCCUGGUCCUCAGCAGUGACAGUCUCCCUCUCAACCCUGGUCCUCAGCAGUGACAGUCUCCCUCUCAACCCUGGUCCUCAGCAGUGACAGUCUCCCUCUCAACCCUGGUCCUCAGCAGUGACAGUCUCCCUCUCAACCCUGGUCCUCAGCAGUGACAGUCUCCCCCUUAACCCUGGUCCUCAGCAGUGACAGUCUCCCUCUCAACCCUGGUCCUCAGCAGUGACAGUCUCCCCCUUAGCCCUGGUCCUCAGCAGUGACAGUCUCCCCCUUAGCCCUGGUCCUCAGCAGUGACAGUCUCCCCCUUAGCCCUGGUCCUCAGCAGUGACAGUCUCCCCCUUAGCCCUGGUCCUCAGCAGUGACAGUCUCCCUCUCAACCCUGGUCCUCAGCAGUGACAGUCUCCCCCUUAGCCCUGGUCCUCAGCAGUGACAGUCUCCCCCUUAACCCUGGUCCUCAGCAGUGACAGUCUCCCCCUUAACCCUGGUCCUCAGCAGUGACAGUCUCCCCCUUAACCCUGGUCCUCAGCAGUGACAGUCUCCCCCUUAACCCUGGUCCUCAGCAGUGACAGUCUCCCCCUUAACCCUGGUCCUCAGCAGUGACAGUCUCCCCCUUAACCCUGGUCCUCAGCAGUGACAGUCUCCCCCUUAACCCUGGUCCUCAGCAGUGACAGUCUCCCCCUUAACCCUGGUCCUCAGCAGUGACAGUCUCCCCCUUAACCCUGGUCCUCAGCAGUGACAGUCUCCCUCUCAACCCUGGUCCUCAGCAGUGACAGUCUCCCUCUCAACCCUGGUCCUCAGCAGUGACAGUCUCCCUCUUAACCCUGGUCCUCAGCAGUGACAGUCUCCCUCUUAACCCUGGUCCUCAGCAGUGACAGUCUCCCCCUCAACCCUGGUCCUCAGCAGUGACAGUCUCCCUCUCAACCCUGGUCCUCAGCAGUGACAGUCUCCCUCUCAACCCUGGUCCUCAGCAGUGACAGUCUCCCUCUCAACCCUGGUCCUCAGCAGUGACAGUCUCCCUCUCAACCCUGGUCCUCAGCAGUGACAGUCUCCCUCUUAACCCUGGUCCUUAGCAGUGACAGUCUCCCCCUUAACCCUGGUCCUCAGCAGUGACAGUCUCCCUCUCAACCCUGGUCCUCAGCAGUGACAGUCUCCCCCUUAACCCUGGUCCUCAGCAGUGACAGUCUCCCCCUUAGCCCUGGUCCUCAGCAGUAACAGUCUCCCUCUCAACCCUGGUCCUCAGCAGUGACAGUCUCCCUCUCAACCCUGGUCCUCAGCAGUGACAGUCUCCCUCUCAACCCUGGUCCUCAGCAGUGACAGUCUCCCUCUUAACCCUGGUCCUCAGCAGUGACAGUCUCCCUCUCAACCCUGGUCCUCAGCAGUGACAGUCUCCCUCUUAACCCUGGUCCUCAGCAGUGACAGUCUCCCUCUUAGCCCUGGUCCUCAGCAGUGACAGUCUCCCCCUUAACCCUGGUCCUCAGCAGUGACAGUCUCCCCCCUUAACCCUGGUCCUCAGCAGUGACAGUCUCCCCCCUUAACCCUGGUCCUCAGCAGUGACAGUCUCCCCCUUAACCCUGGUCCUCAGCAGUGACAGUCUCCCCCUUAACCCUGGUCCUCAGCAGUGACAGUCUCCCCCUUAACCCUGGUCCUCAGCAGUGACUGUCUCCCUCUCAACCCUGGUCCUCAGCAGUGACAGUCUCCCUCUUAACCCUGGUCCUCAGCAGUGACAGUCUCCCUCUCAACCCUGGUCCUCAGCAGUGACAGUCUCCCUCUUAACCCUGGUCCUCAGCAGUGACAGUCUCCCUCUUAGCCCUGGUCCUCAGCAGUGACAGUCUCCCCCUUAACCCUGGUCCUCAGCAGUGACAGUCUCCCCCCUUAACCCUGGUCCUCAGCAGUGACAGUCUCCCCCUUAACCCUGGUCCUCAGCAGUGACAGUCUCCCCCCUUAACCCUGGUCCUCAGCAGUGACAGUCUCCCCCUUAACCCUGGUCCUCAGCAGUGACAGUCUCCCCCUUAACCCUGGUCCUCAGCAGUGACAGUCUCCCCCUUAGCCCUGGUCCUCAGCAGUGACAGUCUCCCUAUUAGCCCUGGUCCUCAGCAGUGACAGUCUCCCCCUUAACCCUGGUCCUCAGCAGUGACAGUCUCCCCCUUAACCCUGGUCCUCAGCAGUGACAGUCUCCCCCUUAACCCUGGUCCUCAGCAGUGACAGUCUCCCCCUUAACCCUGGUCCUUAGCAGUGACAGUCUCCCCCUUAGCCCUGGUCCUCAGCAGGGACAGUCUCCCCCUUAACCCUGGUCCUCAGCAGUGACAGUCUCCCCCUUAACCCUGGUCCUCAGCAGUGACAGUCUCCCCCUUAACCCUGGUCCUUAGCAGUGACAGUCUCCCCCUUAACCCUGGUCCUCAGCAGUGACAGUCUCCCCCUUAACCCUGGUCCUCAGCAGUGACAGUCUCCCCCUUAACCCUGGUCCUCAGCAGGGACAGUCUCCCCCUUAACCCUGGUCCUCAGCAGUGACAGUCUCCCCCUUAACCCUGGUCCUUAGCAGUGACAGUCUCCCCCUUAGCCCUGGUCCUCAGCAGGGACAGUCUCCCCCUUAACCCUGGUCCUCAGCAGUGACAGUCUCCCCCUUAACCCUGGUCCUCAGCAGUGACAGUCUCCCCCUUAACCCUGGUCCUCAGCAGUGACAGUCUCCCCCUUAACCCUGGUCCUUAGCAGUGACAGUCUCCCCCUUAGCCCUGGUCCUCAGCAGUGACAGUCUCCCCCUUAGCCCUGGUCCUCAGCAGUGACAGUCUCCCCCUUAACCCUGGUCCUCAGCAGUGACAGUCUCCCCCUUAGCCCUGGUCCUUAGCAGUGACAGUCUCCCCCUUAGCCCUGGUCCUCAGCAGUGACAGUCUCCCCCUUAACCCUGGUCCUCAGCAGUGACAGUCUCCCCCUUAACCCUGGUCCUCAGCAGUGACAGUCUCCCCCUUAGCCCCGGUCCUCAGCAGUGACAGUCUCCCCCUUAACCCUGGUCCUCAGCAGUGGACAGUCUCCCCCUUAACCCUGGUCCUCAGCAGUGACAGUCUCCCCCUUAACCCUGGUCCUCAGCAGUGACAGUCUCCCCCUUAACCCUGGUCCUCAGCAGUGACAGUCUCCCCCUUAGCCCUGGUCCUCAGCAGUGACAGUCUCCCUCUUAGCCCUGGUCCUCAGCAGUGACAGUCUCCCCCUUAGCCCUGGUCCUCAGCAGUGACAGUCUCCCCCUUAACCCUGGUCCUCAGCAGUGACAGUCUCCCCCUUAGCCCUGGUCCUCAGCAGUGACAGUCUCCCUCUCAACCCUGGUCCUCAGCAGUGACAGUCUCCCCCUUAACCCUGGUCCUCAGCAGUGACAGUCUCCCCCUUAACCCUGGUCCUCAGCAGUGACAGUCUCCCCCUUAACCCUGGUCCUCAGCAGUGACAGUCUCCCCCUUAGCCCUGGUCCUCAGCAGUGACAGUCUCCCUCUUAGCCCUGGUCCUCAGCAGUGACAGUCUCCCCCUUAGCCCUGGUCCUCAGCAGUGACAGUCUCCCCCUUAACCCUGGUCCUCAGCAGUGACAGUCUCCCCCUUAGCCCUGGUCCUCAGCAGUGACAGUCUCCCUCUUAGCCCUGGUCCUCAGCAGUGACAGUCUCCCCCUUAACCCUGGUCCUCAGCAGUGACAGUCUCCCCCUUAGCCCUGGUCCUCAGCAGUGACAGUCUCCCUCUUAGCCCUGGUCCUCAGCAGUGACAGUCUCCCCCUUAACCCUGGUCCUCAGCAGUGACAGUCUCCCCCUUAACCCUGGUCCUCAGCAGUGACAGUCUCCCCCUUAACCCUGGUCCUCAGCAGUGACAGUCUCCCCCUUAACCCUGGUCCUUAGCAGUGACAGUCUCCCCCUUAGCCCUGGUCCUCAGCAGGGACAGUCUCCCCCUUAACCCUGGUCCUCAGCAGUGACAGUCUCCCCCUUAACCCUGGUCCUCAGCAGUGACAGUCUCCCCCUUAACCCUGGUCCUCAGCAGUGACAGUCUCCCCCUUAACCCUGGUCCUCAGCAGUGACAGUCUCCCCCUUAACCCUGGUCCUCAGCAGUGACAGUCUCCCCCUUAACCCUGGUCCUCAGCAGUGACAGUCUCCCCCUUAACCCUGGUCCUUAGCAGUGACAGUCUCCCCCUUAGCCCUGGUCCUCAGCAGGGACAGUCUCCCCCUUAACCCUGGUCCUCAGCAGUGACAGUCUCCCCCUUAACCCUGGUCCUCAGCAGUGACAGUCUCCCCCUUAACCCUGGUCCUUAGCAGUGACAGUCUCCCCCUUAGCCCUGGUCCUCAGCAGUGACAGUCUCCCCCUUAGCCCUGGUCCUCAGCAGUGACAGUCUCCCCCUUAACCCUGGUCCUCAGCAGUGACAGUCUCCCCCUUAGCCCUGGUCCUUAGCAGUGACAGUCUCCCCCUUAGCCCUGGUCCUCAGCAGUGACAGUCUCCCCCUUAACCCUGGUCCUCAGCAGUGACAGUCUCCCCCUUAACCCUGGUCCUCAGCAGUGACAGUCUCCCCCUUAACCCUGGUCCUCAGCAGUGACAGUCUCCCCUUUAACCCUGGUCCUCAGCAGUGACAGUCUCCCCCUUAGCCCUGGUCCUCAGCAGUGACAGUCUCCCUCUUAGCCCUGGUCCUCAGCAGUGACAGUCUCCCCCUUAGCCCUGGUCCUCAGCAGUGACAGUCUCCCCCUUAACCCUGGUCCUCAGCAGUGACAGUCUCCCCCUUAGCCCUGGUCCUCAGCAGUGACAGUCUCCCCCUUAGCCCUGGUCCUCAGCAGUGACAGUCUCCCUCUUAACCCUGGUCCUCAGCAGUGACAGUCUCCCUCUUAACCCUGGUCCUCAGCAGUGACAGUCUCCCCCUUAACCCUGGUCCUCAGCAGUGACAGUCUCCCUCUUAACCCUGGUCCUCAGCAGUGACAGUCUCCCUCUUAACCCUGGUCCUCAGCAGUGACAGUCUCCCCCUUAACCCUGGUCCUCAGCAGUGACAGUCUCCCUCUCAACCCUGGUCCUCAGCAGUGACUGCUGCUGCUGUGAUUAUGUGUGUUUUAAGUUUGUGUGAGUGUGUUUGUGUAGUGUGUGUGUGUGUGUGUGCGUGAGAUAAAUAAUCGUAUAUGCAUACCUAGGCCUGGCCAAAUAGCCGCGGGUCGGAGUCAGUGCGUCUAUGUAGUGAAAAUAAUCACUUCCCAUGUUAACUAGAGGACACACUCAGCCGCUGUACACUACGUCACUAACCACUCCAUCUUCCCUCCCAGAUAGUGACCUAGUUAAGUCUUACAGCCACUGACUGUGUCUCUAUGACCCAAUUAGAGCUCUUCCUCGUUGACUCGUUCUAUUUAUCCCCCCCAGACCAACAUGGUUUGUGUCCCAAAUGGCACCCUGUUUCCCAUGUCAGGGGUGUCAAAACUCAUUCCACAGAGGGCCUAGUGUCUGCAGGUUUUGGGGUUUUUCCUUUCAAUGAAGACCUAGACAACCAGGUGAGGGGAGUUCCUUACUAAGACCUAGACAACCAGGUGAGGGGAGUUCCUUACUAAUCAGUGACCUUAAUUCAUCAAUCAAGUACAAGGGAGGAGUGUAAACCUGCAGACACUCGACCCGCCGUGGGAUGAGUUUGACACCUGGCCUAUGUAGUGCACUAUUUUUAACCAGAGCCCUAUAUAGGGAAUACAAUGCCAUUUGGGACUCAUCACCUGGUCUCCUCUCAAGGUUUCUCCCCUCCCACACCUCCUGGUCUCCUCUCAAGGUUUCUCCCCUCCCACACCUCCUGGUCUCCUCUCAAGGUUUCUCCCCUCCCACACCUCCUGGUCUCCUCUCAAGGUUUCUCCCCUCCCACACCUCCUGGUCUCCUCUCAAGGUUUCUCCCCUCCCACACCUCCUGGUCUCCUCUCAAGGUUUCUCCCCUCCCACACCUCCUGGUCUCCUCUCAAGGUUUCUCCCCUCCCACACCUCCUGGUCUCCUCUCAAGGUUUCUCCCCUCCCACACCUCCUGGUCUCCUCUCAAGGUUUCUCCCCUUCCACACCUCCUGGUCUCCUCUCAAGGUUUCUCCCCUCCCACACCUCCUGGUCUCCUCUCAAGGUUUCUCCCCUCCUGGUCUCCUCUCAAGGUUUCUUCCCUCCCGCUGGGGUCUGGUGGACUUCGCUCAACCUUCUGGGGGUUUUAGUGUAAUGUUUUGUUAAGUGCUCAUUGUCAAAGUGCUACACAAAUUAAAUAAUGAUUGGCUUUAUUUCAAAAUCAUUGUAAUACACUACACCUAAGGAAAGACCGAAGGCCGAAGGGAGGAGGAGGGGGGGGGGGGGGGAGGGAGGGGGAGGAGGGGGGGGAGGAGGAGGGGGAGGGGGGGGGGGGGCAAGGGGGGAGGGGGAGGAGCGAGGAGGGGGGGAGCGAGGAGGAGGAGGAGGGGGGAGGAGCGAAGAGGAGGAUGGGAGGAGGCUGCCUCUCAUUUUGAUUGGCAAGUGUUGGAACUCUGGAGCUUACUUGCUUCUUCUCCCCCCGAUUGAGUUGAGAGCUGUGAUUUAUACCAGCUGUAUCUUUCACAGAAUGUUCAUGAUCUAAUAUACCAUUUGUUCACCAAAUCAUAUUUCUGUGAUCUGUCUGUCUGUGUGUGAAUAAGGAACUGCCUUGUGUGUGUGUGUGUGUGACUGUAACCAUUCCUCUCCUCUCUCUCUCCUCCAGCUGGAUCCAACCCUGGAGGCCAAGGUGAAUCCCCAGAAACAGUCUGUAAUCCUGGAGGAGGAGUAUCAGGUAGGUGUCUGGGGGAUGAGGGGAGUUGAGCUGUGCUUGUACUGACAUGCUGUAGAAUAUUCUCUGACACCAUCCUGGAAGACUCAAAGAUAUGAUUUUUCCUUAUCUUUAAUUUCAAAAUAUGUGAUCUACUAAAACCUCCCCUGGUGUUCUGUUGUCUACUAAAACUUCCCCUGGUGUUCUGUUGUCUACUAAAACCUCCCCUGGUGUUCUGUUAUCUAGUAAAACCUCCCCUGGUGUUCUGUUAUCUACUAAAACCUCCCCUGGUGUUCUGUUAUCUACUAAAACCUCCCCUGGUGUUCUGUUAUCUACUAAAACCUCCCCUGGUGUUCUGUUAUCUACUAAAACCUCCCCUGGGGUUCUGUUAUCUACUAAAACCUCCCCUGGUGUUCUGUUAUCUACUAAAACCUCCCCUGGUGUUCUGUUAUCUAUUAAAACCUCCCCUGGGGUUCUGUUAUCUACUAAAACCUCCCCUGGUGUUCUGUUAUCUACUAAAAUCUCCCCUGGUGUUCUGUUAUCUACUAAAACCUCCCCUGGUGUUCUGUUAUCUAUUAAAACCUCCCCUGGUGUUCUGUUAUCUACUAAAACCUCCCCUGGUGUUCUGUUAUCUACUAAAACCUCCCCUGGUGUUCUGUUAUCUACUAUAACCUCCCCUGGUGUUCUGUUAUCUACUAAAACCUCCCCUGGUGUUCUGUUAUCUACUAAAACCUCCCCUGGUGUUCUGUUAUCUACUAAAACCUCCCCUGGGGUUCUGUUAUCUACUAAAACCUCCCCUGGUGUUCUGUUAUCUACUAAAACCUCCCCUGGUGUUCUGUUAUCUACUAAAACCUCCCCUGGUGUUCUGUUAUCUACUAAAACCUCCCCUGGUGUUCUGUUAUCUACUAAAACCUCCCCUGGUGUUCUGUUAUCUACUAAAACCUCCCCUGGUGUUCUGUUAUCUACUAAAACCUCCCCUGGUGUUCUGUGUAGUCCUGAUGUGUGGAGUAAAGACCUGCCCCUAACCCCAUCCUGUUGUCUCUCUGUCCCAACAACAGAAGAUGAAGGAUGUCAACCUGGAGGCGUGGAGGAACAUCAGAGGUCCUCGUCCCUGGGAAGACUCCAAGGAAUACCAGGAGCAGCAACGGUCCAGACAGGGAAAGGCAGCGUGA